UGGAAAUACCUUCCCAGUCCAGCAUGCAGUCAUGCCAGUGACAUGACUUGGACACAUCAACGGACAACGCGGGCUCUUCAGCUUAGAAUUGGAGUCGCAGCAGGGAAUCAACUCAGAAGCGGGCAGCUCCUUGGCAGGAUUAAACCCGAAGGAGUUCGGAAGCCGAAGGAGGCAGGCGAGCGGAGGGAUCCCCGGCUCCUUAAAGAUUAACGUGGACUACUGUGGUGGAUGACCAAUUCCAAGAUGUCCUUGUGGAGCCUUGUUUCUGACAUGCCUCCAGAGCGGUUCAAUGGCCUCUUUGAAGAGUUUCCUCAUAACCUACGAUGCUUUCUGGGGGACUGGUUGGAAGCUCAGCCAUGGGAAUUCAUCAACAACACAUCAGACUCCUUCUGUGCUGUUCAGGCUGCAAGACUACUGACUGCCAUGGUGGAUAUGUUACAAGACCUGGCCAACCGAAAUGGUUCUCCUGGCCCAAUUCUUCAAGUUACAGCUAACCUUGAGAACAGAUACCGAAGAGAGCCACUGAAGUUGGUGGAUGCAGUAAAAAGAAUCUUAAGAGGAGAGCGUGCAGCUGUACAGGAAAAGUUUCAGCAUGUGCCUCUCUAUGUCCACCGCCAGCGGGAAGAGCUGAUGUUUGAAUUCAAUCUCCAGCGACUACAGUACAGAGUGCAAGAAAUCCAAGCCCUCCAGGAGAGCUCAAGGCAGAUGAAUAACAGUACAAGAGUUCUGCAGCUACAGAUGCUGGAUCCACAAUUUCCUAUGCAAGAGAACUUGCACACAAAUUCUCUUCAAAGCCUUCAGACUCUGUUCCUGAAUACAACCAGUGAAUUAGAAGAGGCACAGAAAGCUGUGCUGGCAAGACUUAUGAUCUGGAAGAGGCAGCAACAGCUGGCUGGGAACGGAACUCCCUUUGAGGAGGAUUUGAGUCCACUACAAAAGAGGCUUGAAAGGUUGGUGGACAUUUGCUUCCAGCUCCGCAUACAAUUGGUUGCCUUUGGUGGUGAGCUUCAGUCCUCUCUUCAGGAACGUCUGGACAACAUAUUCAAUGCCUUCAUCAAAAAUUCUUUCCUGGUGGACAAACAGCCUCCUCAAGUUCUGAAGACUCAAACCAAAUUUCAAGCCACUGUUCGCUUCUUGCUGGGGCCUCACUUGCUCAAGUCUCCACACACGUCCUUCAUGGUCACAGCUGAUAUUGUGACAGAGAAACAGGCACGUGAACUUACCACUAAUCCUUCUGGAGGUGUCUUCAGUGAAAGCAGUGGAGAAAUUGUCAACAACACAGCUCCUCUGGAGACAACUGCCACAAGCAAUGCUUGCUGUGCUCUCUUCAAAAAUAUGCUCCUCAAGAAGAUCAAGCGCUGUGACCGCAAAAGCACAGAAUCUGUGACUGAAGAGAAGUGUGCUGUUCUGUUCAGUGUCAGUCUGUGCCUUGGACCCAACAAAACCAACUUCCACCUGCAGGCCCUGUCUCUGCCCAUUGUUGUGAUAGUACAUGGCAACCAAGACAAUAACGCCAAAGCCACCAUCUUAUGGGACAAUGCUUUUGCAGCUCCUAAUCGCAUCCCUUUCGUGGUGGUUGAACGUGUUAGUUGGGAUGACAUGUGUGAGACUCUGAAUCAGAAGUUCAUGGCUGAGGUACAGACCACGAAAGGUCUGCUGAAGGAGCACUAUUUCUUCCUGGCCCAGAAGAUCUUUGGUGACAACGGUGCCAGUCCUGAGGAAUUCCAGCAGCGCUCAGUGUCAUGGUCACAGUUCAAUAAGGAACUUCUUCCUGGCAGAGGAUUCACAUUUUGGCAGUGGUUUGAAGGCGUUCUUGACCUCACCAAGAAAUAUCUGAAAGAAUACUGGUCUGACCGGCUCAUCAUGGGUUUUAUCAGCAAGCAGUAUGUUUUCAGUUGCCUGAGCAAUGCGCCCGUUGGUACCUUCCUGCUCCGCUUCAGUGAUUCUGAGAUUGGUGGCAUCAGCAUCGCUUAUGUUACCUGCUUCCAGGAUGGUUCCACUCAGGUAGAGAACAUCCAGCCUUUCACAGCAAAGCAACUGUCCAUCCGUUCUCUUGCCGACUGCGUUCUGGAUCUGUUGCAGAUUCAGAUACUAUAUCCCGACAGGCCCAAACAUGAAGCCUUCAGGAGGCAUCUUAAUGCAGAGACACCACGAAAGAGCAGUUAUGUCCCAGCCAAGUUGAAGAUAACAGUGGAUCUGCCUUCCUCAGUUCCUGCUCCAACACUUCAAACUCAAGUCAACCCGAUGAGCAAUUCUAACUUGAAUCUCGGCAUCACUUCUGAUCCUUCAUAUGAUAACCCAUCACUGAUGGUUUCAUCAUCCAGCCACAUGUCUCCCUCUGACAACUCAGUAUAUGGAAGCCCACAGUUGCAUUCUGAAGUGACCUACACAUACGCUUUGGGAAAUGAGUCAUCCCUCGGCCCAAUGGAUUCAUAUCCUAUGCCUACCGAUGUGGAUAUGUCAGACAUCUCUCUGCAAAAUGAGAAUGCUCCACUGUAUGCAACAGAUCUUCAUAUGCUCCCAAACCAUAUGAUACUGCCUGCGAUGUCGCCCCCCUCCGAUGAAGAACUGGCCCUCUUGUUGCGUCCUGAGCAAGAUCUGAACCACUAUUCACAGGAUCCAGCAUGACCCGACAAGUUUGUAUGCUUAACAUCCAGUACUUUGGGCGAACUUUCAUGGAAAGCAAAAGCCUCGAGAAUGAAGACACCAGAGUACAUACAGGAGAGGUUGUUGCUCCCAAAUUCUUACAGGGUACAGAACACUGCUCCCAUCUCUCCCCCCCUCCCCUCCCAAUAUCCUUCCUGUUGAGAUCUUUUCUUGACUUAAGAGCAGUUUGGAUGCUUUGCUCAAUCAGACUCGUGGAGUGUUUGGCUCUGCCCCAGGACACUGACCAGCUUGGGAAGCUAUGCGUAUUAUUCCAGAGCUGAGCCUCAAUAUUAUGGAGCAGGACAGAGGCUCUCAUUCACUUGCUGGUUUCUUUGCAGCUUGGUGCUGUUGCUACUUUGGGCAACAAAGUAAUAGGACUCCCCUUGAUGAUCCCUGCCAAUGCUGAACAACUUUGAAACCCAGCUGAAGCUUCUUUUUCUCAGGAUUUUGAAAACUUACAAUGCGCUUUUGCUUCUCAAUAUAAGAAGAACAUUGGUUGGGCUGCUGGAAAUGUCUAGAAAGCGAAGCAUGUGGAUUAGCUUUACUCUUUGACAGUGUCUCCUUCAGAAAAAAGCAUUAUAUUAAAUAUCCGCAAAUCCUUUGUUUCUUGGCCUGGGCCUGUCUCUAGGUGGAGGAAAGUGGCUUCCUUAGGAAAUAAUGGUGGUUCAGAAGUGUAAGAAGUGUCAAAAGCCAUUCUUCAAAGCUGGCCUUCUGCUCUCAGGUGUGGAGGAAGCAGGGUACCCUCUCAUUAUCAGUGUUAAAGUAAGGUUCAACUGCCAACUGCAGAAGGAAAGACACCAUCCUGUCCUUUGUCUUAGGCAGAAAAAUAUGAUGAGCUAACCCUCUACGCCUGCAUGUUUUCCUGAUAAUAUGGAGCUCAGAUCCUCCUAACAAGUCUAUCUUCCAGAACAAUC